UAGGCAGACAGGAAUCUACGUAAGGAAAAACGGGAGAGGGACUGUUCGAAAUGGCCGUCACGAAAAACAGGAGCUCUGGAUUAAGUGAAACUCCCGGGUCAACACUGCACAAAGUGGCCACAGUGUCCGACGUAGAUGAGGGUUCGUCCCUAGGGCUAUCUGUCCCGCCUUUCCUGGCAGCUGGUCUCACUCUCAGUCUCGUCCUCUUAGGAAUCGUCGCCUACUUCAGCUACAGGUGGCUCGUUCAGCGCCUGCAGUCUUCCACAAAACCUUCAACCGAACAGACAGAUCCAGAACAAGCGUCCACAAGUAGUCACCAGCAACCGCCACCCGACAUCAGAGCCACACCCUGUGAAGAAAAAGAUGAGACACCACCAGCUGUUGAAGGGGCUGAAAUGCCCAAAUCGCCCUCAGGUCAGUGCUACAAACAAAUAUAUAAACAUUUCUUAAGCGAAAAGUCCAUAAAGUCAGUAUGUAAUAUUGCCCAGAGAGACAGCCAGGCCAUCGGACGUAUUAGACCGGAGCUAUAUCAGCCGGACAUGAUGAGGCAAUGGUCUGCAGAUAGCGGAGCAGAACUUCUUGGGGACGGUAGUGAGCAAGGAGCCAGUUGUGGUAAAUUAAUGUUCACCCUACGGUACGAUCAUGACGUCGAGGGACUGAUUGUUAGAGUUCUUCAAGCCCGGGAUCUUCCAGCGAAAGAUUUCUCUGGGACAUCAGAUCCAUACAUAAAGAUAUAUUUAUUACCAGAUAGGAAAAAGAAAUUUCAAACUAGGGUUCAUAGACGGAAUCUCAAUCCCACUUUUAAUGAGACAUUCGUAUUUGGAGUUCCCUAUGAACAGCUCAGAUCGAGGACGAUCCAGUUCUCAGUGUAUGAUUUCGAUCGAUUCUCCAGGCACGAUCUCAUCGGGCAGGUUCUAGUUCGCGGACUUCCUGAGCUCUGCGAUAUCAACCACGAUGUAGAGUACACUAUGGACAUUUUGGGUGUUCCACAGGAAAAAGUCGAUCUUGGAGAAGUGAUGCUGUCUCUGUGCUACUUACCGACCGCUGGUCGUUUGACUGUGACUAUCAUUAAAGCUAGGAAUCUUAAAGUCAUGGAUAUCACGGGAUCGUCAGAUCCAUACGUCAAGGUUUCGUUGAUGUGCGAAGGGAAACGAGUAAAAAAGAAGAAAACCUCAGUGAAGAAGUCUACGCUGAACCCAGUUUAUAACGAGGCCCUCGUCUUCGAUGUGCCAGCAGAGAAUAUCGAAGACGUCACUCUGGUCGUUAAAGUGAUCGAUUACGACAGAGUGGGAGCCAACGAAAUGAUGGGGUGUUUCGCCAUCGGAAGCAGCUGCAUCGGUCUAGGUCGAGACCACUGGAUAGAGAUGCUAGACAACCCUCGCAAGCCUGUAGCUCAGUGGUACACUUUACAAGAAUCUUUGUCCGGUCUUACUGUUGAGAAACUACCUGUAAAAUCAUCUCCCAUCAAAUGCAUUAGUAUGAGAUGACUGUAACUGUGCUUGCCAUCUAAAAUUGUAAUGGCUCCCUUUACUGGACGAAAUGGAAGCUGGGACAACCUCUGAAAAGGUUUACUGUCCGUUUUACCAUGAGUGGGUCUCCCGAAACCUGCUUGCUGAUUAAGCUUGUUAAAAUGAUUCUCUCAUCCCAUAUGAAGCUGUUCUGUUUUUCAUCCCUCGUGUGUUUGUUAUCGUGCAUCAUCAUGGAUGAAAUGGAACUGGAGUAUCACCUGAGACACAUGUAGAUUAAUGUAUGACAAAACAUAUUUGAUUGUUUCAUGCUAGAUAUUUACUUGAAGUUACAUCUUUGUUUCGCUCAGCUCAUUUGUGUGUAAAAAGAUAACCAUUAUUUUAAUAAUUUUAAGCAAUCAGUUGACUCGAUUCCAUUACAGGGUAAGUAACUAAGAAUCAUUUUUUCUAAAAUUGAAGACAGCUUGCAGUUUAAUUAAGGUGAACUAACCUUCUGAACAGCAUUAUUAUAAUUUUUUACCAUGCAACACACUUAACGAUGGUGUGACUAAUAAUGCGGAUUUCAAAGUGAACGCUUUGUAUUAUGCAAAGACAGAACUUCAGCAAAACUCUAACUUGCCUUAAUGUGCAGUUAAUAAAUCUAUAGCCCACGAUAUUCUUGAGUUGAAAUAUAAACAAAAUAUUUUUCCGCAGAAUGCUAAUACAACACUGUUGAAGGAAAAGGAUCUGCUACACUAGCAUUCUAAUUCCCUUUCACUUAUAUAACGUAUCGAUAUCGAUAGCAGCUAGCAAUGCUACUCAAUUUCAGAUUGUGCACACAGUAGUCAGUGACACUGCGUUUCUCUGCUUACAUAUCUGACUUGAAAUGUAAUAUAAGUUGCAUCGUGUCGCGAUUGCAUUUUUUUUCUGGUUGAACUGCAUCUGCGUCAAAACAUAGAGAAAACUGACAAAUAGCAUUUAAUUUGCUGUGUACUCAGUAGUUACGCGACACCUCAUUUUAUGUGCUGCCAUCUAUGCGGCAUGAAAUGUAAUAUAAGCUGUAUCGUGUCGAGAUUAUAUUUUUUUCUCGGGUUGAACUGCAUCUGUGUCAAAAGAUAGAGAAAACUAACAACUAGCGUUUAAUUUGCUGCGUACUCAGUAAUUACGAGACACCUCAUUUUAUGUGCUGCCAUCUAUGCGGCGUGAAAUGUAAUAUAAGCUGUAUCGUGUCGAGAUAUUUUUUUUUCCGGGUUGAACUGCAUCUGUGUCAAAAGAUAGAGAAAACUUGUUAGCGUUUAAUUUGCUGUAUCGCUGCUAAUCAGGGGCCAAUUAAACUGUUUUAUGUAUCAAUUUUUGGCAGCAUGAUCCGCCAUUACUUACCCUGUCUGGAUGUUGUGAUAUUGUAUUUGAUUGUUACGUGCUUUUUCAUGUUUCAAAACUUUACGUUUUCACUGUGUAUAUACUUGUGCUAAAUUUUAAACCAUA